AUGUCAGCAAAACAACAAACUAUUCAAUCUUUUUUGAAAGAUCGUUCUAGAAUACUUCGAAGAAAAUGCCAAUCACAGCCUGCCUGGCCAGCCAUUAUAUCAGCGUUUAUAAUCCGGUCACCACUGCAUAACCAGUGCAAAAAAAACAUAAUCGGAUCAUGUGUACAUAAUCCGGCUGUCUCGGUUGUAAACAGGCCGUUUUCGCAAUCUGGGCAGAACAGCAACAACACCUUUCAUUUUGAGAAAAUGGCAGAAAAUAAAUUUCAAUGCAGAAGGUGCCGUCUUGUUUUGUUCAAAAAUGUGGACUUAUCAUCACAACAUAUUGUUCACCCAAGCUGUUCUUUAUGGUACCUUCGUGAUGAUGAUAAUAUUUUACCCUGGGUUUUAAAACUCGUUGAGGAGGGAAACUGGUGUAAAGGAAAGCUUUAUUGCCCUCAGUGUGAAGCUCGUAUUGGUGCAUUUGAUUUUAUUCAUAUGAUUGAAUGUGAAUGCAGACAGGAAACCAUUCCUGCAAUCUACGUGGUGAAAAGUAAAAUUGAUCAUAUGAAAGUCAUGACGUGUGGAAAUAAUGAUUCUGUUGAUGUAAAAAAUACAGAAGGGAAAGACCAAAAUGAUAGUCAAGGCAGUGAUAACGAAAGUGGCAACUCUAAUAAUAAAGAACAAAAUGGUAACCUUGACAGCAAAGACCAAAAUGAUAACACUGGCAGUGAAAAACAAACUGAUAACCCUGAGGGUGGAAAACAAAAUGGUGACCGAAGCUGUAGAGAAGAAAAUGACAAGUCUGGGAAACGAAAAAGUAUCUCUUUAUCUGGCGUUGAAAUUUCGUGUACUUGCAAUGCGAAGUAUAACCCUGCAUCAUUAAACAUUGAAGUAGAUGUUAAAGCUUUAAAUGGUUCUCUCAACACUGGUAGCGUAAGAAAAAAACCAGAGACUGAUUUAGGAAACGAAUCGAUAUCCAAUGGAAUUGAACUAGACACUCUUGGUAAUAACAGCGAAGAAAGUGAACAUUGCAAUACGUGCAGGGUUGGCGCUCAUAAUGAAAAGCAAAGUGAAGAGAGUAUGAAGUUUUGUGUGCGCAGAAGGUUUAAUUCCACUACUUCUACAUUCGAGAAUGUAUGUUUUGAUUCUGAAGUUAGCGACGGUGAAGAUGUUAUUAUUGAUGCAAAGUGCUUACGUGGCCAGAACCGACUUCCAAAGUCGCCAACAAAAUGUGCGAAUGAAUUCCCAAGAGAUUAUUUCACUUCCCAUAAAGCCACUCCUCAUGUUCUGAACUGCACGUGCUGUCGUUCCUGGUACAAUCAGCUGUUGUCUCGAUCAGACAACAGAAAACGUGUUAACCCACAGUGUGGGUGUAGCUAUUUAUCAAGGCAACGUUUCGAUGAUUUUGUAAAUAUAUCAUACGAUGCAUCAAACGCAUGUCUUAAUUGCCAACAGAACUCUAGACUUGUUUGUGGAGAUCUUGACGCGUUGUUUGGUGUCAGAGGAGACCACGACAUACACGGUGACUUGGUGGAUGUGCAGCGAGAACUUCGAAACUUGCAAGACUUGAUUGAAAAUGAUGAAAAUGUCUGUUCCACACUGAAACGGCGAAGAAGAAGACAAAGAAGGAGAGCAGUACAGGAGAGUGACAGUCAAAGAAGGCGCUCGAAUUUAAAUUAUACUACGUCUUCUUCACCUUUCCAAUCGGGUCAAUUUGAAAACAACCUGGAAGAAGAGCGUGAACGCUUCGAUCAUGAUGAUGACGGAACCGCGUUUGAAAUACCUGACCGCUACCAAUGCCCGGUGUGCUUGGACAUUUUGUACGACCCGCAUACUACCGCUUGUCGACAUGUUUUUUGUGGCCCGUGUUUACGUCAGCUGCACAAAGUGUCUCGCAAGAAACCGAUGUGUCCAUUAUGCCGACAACGAAUAUAUUCUGUGGAAGCGAACUCAGAAACUCAAGAUGAGAUAAAAAGACUUUAUCCUGAUAUCCACAGGCAACGAUCACUGGCCGAGAUGCGAAGACCAGUCAACAACCACCCUCUCCCGUCACCCUCCAAUGUUCGCUUUGAAGGGGAUGUGGAUGGACGUCAAAAUCGAUUGGUUCAUUUCUGUUACGUCAUCAGAACGUUUUUAAUUAUCCUCUUUAUGCUGUUAACGUAUCUACUCAACGGUGACGAGCGGCGCGAGCAUAGAAGAUAUGCAAGACACGCACGAUUGUUCUUUUAUGGUGUGAUUGCUCUCCUCCUCAUAUGCUGUGGGAUUGGUGUUGGGAUUGUGUUCACGUUUUAUGCUUACGACUUUGUCAGAUUCUUAAUCGGUUUUUGUUUGUUCUAUGUUGUCGUGAUCAAGUUUUUUGUCACCUACAUCACGGCGCCAUGACGACAUCAAAAUGCUGGAAUUAAAAUGUGGAAGUCAUAUUUAAACUGAAGUACGAUUAUUUAAUAACAGUGUGAUGUGCAACCCUGUGUGCAUACGCUAACCUGUUGAAAUUUAGUCGGAAUGCUCAAGUACACCAAGUGUGUUUGUAGUACUGUAAUUUUUAAUUAUAAGAACUUACUACUUGUU